AUGACACUCGAAGAAGAGCUCUCCAAGCUGGCUGCCGAUGUAGCGGCCAUCUUGCCGGCACCGGUGAGGAAGGCCGUGGAUGCACUGGCGCGCAGCAGCCCCGCCCGGGCCGCCGCAGAUGCCCUAGUCUACCUCUCCGUGGGCACGACCUGCACGAUGUUCGCCGCCGCCUUCCUCACCGCCUUCGCGGGCCUGGCCUGCGCCCGCGGCUGGGGCUGCACUCCGGCCUAUGUCCUGUCCGAGAUAGUGGACUAUCUAUCCACACCUGUCCUGCUUCUCCUGCCGCCGGCGCUCGUGCUCUUCUUCCUCCGCGCCGCCGGCUGCAGGACCAAGGCGGCGGCGGAUGCGGAGAGCCUCAUCGUGAAGAAUGACGAGGAGCUAACCCUUCUGUCGCCGUCGCUGCUGGCCUUGGCAAUUCUUUGGCUUUUCAUUGGGUCGGCGUCCAUGGGAACCAUCUCUUUCAUUCUUUUCAAGUGUGGAUCUACAGAGAUCUCCGACCUUCUCGGCUACGCAGCUCUCUUGUGCACGUUCAUGUGGGAAACCCUCGUCUAUGUCCGCGCUGCAGUGGCGCUGUGGAGGAUGAAUCCCGGGCCAAGCAACAUGGUGGCUGCAGAGUAGCCCUUGCGCGGGAUCAUCGACUUACUAAGGUGCGCAGGAUUUCAAGCCGGAAGCAGCAGCAAGGUGAUGGGCUACGUAGUGCAGGAGCGCUGCUAUUUCCUACUUCCUUUGAUGCUUUUCUGAAUAGAGAGAUGGACAUGCAUGCCGUGUGAUGUUGUGUAGUAAUCUACUACGUAGUACAGUACUCCCUCCGUUCCGAUUUACUCGUCGUGGUUUUAGUUCAAAUUUGAACUAAAACCACCAAAAGUAAAUCGGAACGGAGGGAGUACUAGCUAGUAGUAUGAAGCUUGCUUCAGUUGAUGCUAGUUCAGCGCUGCGCUGAUGCAGUGACUGCAGCGCUAUGGUAGCUUUGGUUGGUAGUUACUCUGAACCGGACCUCUAUCUAACAUAACGAUUUGUGCCGCUUCUAUUUACCAGUACGUGCCCAUACAUAUGACUGUACGCACG